CGAAAACGUCGGAAACAGUCUUCUGAGUCACGUAGACGUUUUUAAAAAGUUGACACCAUGGCAGAUAUUACAAAUCUAUUUAAUGCGACUAUUAAGAGCCUUAAAACAAGACAUAAAGCUCAAGGAAAAGUACCAAAGAAGGAUGAAAAGCAUCCAAUAUUUCCGACAGCCAAAAAUCGUGGACAAUUUGAAACAACAUCAAAAGAAGUGGUUUCUACCAUUACAAAGUUGAAAGAUUUUCUGCUAGAGCAUAGAAAAGAUUAUGUGAAUGCUGGCAGUCACUUGACGGGAGAAGCAUCUCGUAUGACAGAUAGGGAGAGGGAACAUAUUGAUACUGAAGCUCAAAAUAUCAUUAAAAAAUGUCAAGACAGUCUAAAUACUGUGAAGAAAAAUGCUGAAGGUGAGAGGGUACAUCCUCAAGUGAAGGAACACAGGGAGACAGUUUUAACUUUAAUAAACAACUAUCUUAAAGUUGUGUGUAAGAUAUAUAGUGAACAGCGGGCAGUCAGAGUGAAACGAGUUGUGGAUAAAAAAAGAAUUUCUCGUAUAGAACCUGAAAGACGACUUACACGUAGAUCGUCCCGGCAGAUGUCCGAUUCGGACAACUUGUCAGCAAAUGCCCAAUCAACAUCAACUUUGGAGUCGGAGACUAAAAAUUCUAAAAAACCAGCAAGGAGAGUGCCGAGUGAAGAACGACCUAGUUUUAAUGACAGUGAUGAGGAGAUAUCCCCUGAAGAAGCUCAGAUGUUUGAAGAAGAAAAUAAGAGUAUUUUUGAAGAGAUGAAUAGCUUGUCUGAAGAAAUUAGUAAAAUUCAAGGAAAAGUUGUUGAAAUUGCUAGUUUACAAGAAAUUUUUACAGAAAAGGUUCUACAGCAGGAAGAAGAUAUUGUUAAGAUUGCUGACCAAGCUGUUUUUACAACAGAAAAUAUCAAGGGAGGUAAUGAAGAAAUAAGAGAGGCAAUGAAGAAGAAUGCUGGUUUCCGGGUGUGGAUUUUAUUUUUCUUGCUAGUUCUCACAUUUUCCCUCCUUUUCUUGGACUGGUAUAGCGGUUAAUUUACCAGGAUUGUGAUUAUUCAAAGAAAUACAUUAAACCAGUCAAAUUGGUGUUGUAAGGUGAUGGAAAGUGCUAGACUACCAAACUGCUAUAACUGAUAAGACAUAAAUGACAAAGGGCUGGACCCUUCUAAAUGUGUGGAAAUGUUACAGAUUUGCCUUGCUAUUGGCAAUCAUGGAACUAGCUAUCAGCUAUGAUUGAAAUCUGCUUUGGCUUACAUGUAACAAUCUUUUGUCCAAGGUUGAAAGCAAACUGUUUACAUUGAUUUGAACAUGUUUUCUUGCUGGCUUGAAAAUUGUAAUUGGAAAUAAUAUUUACAAGUGUCUAUCUUUUACAAAUGGUGAGGGCCAAUGUUGGAAAUGCCUGUCCACUGACAAAGUUAUUAAGUAAGAAUUGACUUUUUUACUUACAGCCUAUCUUGCUUUUUGCUGAGAAGAAUAAGAGAGUGAGGAUUUUAUAAAACAGCUAUAAUUUCAUGUCUGUGUCCAUGUUAUAACGGCCAUGAUAACUUGUAUUGAGUGUCUUAAAAUGUUUUGUUAUGUAUAGGUUAUUUAUAAUAAUUGAAUGUAAUUUUAAACAGUUGUAAAAUAAAGUGCAAUAAAUUAAAAAGACCACUAU